UGAAUUUUCAUUCAACUUUAAUCUCUUAUUUUUGUAAACAAAAGCUAAGUUGCUUAUAAAAAUGGACAAUAAAAUUGUAAUUCAUCCUAAAUCUAAGCCACUAAGCCCUUCAAAACUAAUCUCUCAGCGAAACAUUCCCAUUGGAGCACUUAGAAGUGGACUUAAGAAAACAACACCCACUGGAACAGCGGAGGAAUCUGAAGAAUUAUCUAAAAUUUAUGAUGAAUUAAAAAAGCAACUGUCAAUUCCAAGAGUCGACAGAUUAGCUGGUAGAUCCGAAGGUGAAUGGGAUUUCGAGAGGAAAGCAGUAAAAGUCCUUCGAAAAGAAGGAAAAUUUAAUGUGUUUGGCUUUUCGUUAAAUGGAGAACUUUAUCUCGAACCAUAUGAGGCUCUAUUUCUUCUCGAAUUGAAUCGAAUUGAUAUUUCGUAUUAUUCGAUGACUAUGUCGAUUGAGCAAGGUUACACUCUCCUCCUUGGCGAAGAAGAAAGUCUAAAUUAUAAAAACUACUUAGUUUACUCACUAUUCUCUCGAAUUGGUUAUAUUGUUCAAAAGUACCAAAAUUUAGUGUUCUCGGAAGAACCUCCAACAUUCGAGGAUUGUAUUUGGAGUCUUCUUGAGAAUUCUUGUCAAAAUAAACCAAUUCCAGAUCGAAUUCAAAAUUCAGAGUACUUCCCUGAAGUCGAGAAAUCGAUGAACGAUAUUUGCAAAAAAAUAAUGAACCAAGAAGAUCAGAAAAGUGCCAGUAAAAAGGAGGACUAUUUAGACAUCUCCUUCGAAAGAAAAAUAAAACCGUCGGGUAAAAGAAAAGUUGAUACAUCCACUGAUUCAUGGCAUAGCAAAAGACCUCGGUAUGACUUUGAAUCUACGAGCGAACAAAAGAGUUUUAUUGAUAUGCUGACGAAAGAAGAGGAAUACAAAAAAUUUGAAGAGAUAUUUCAAAGUUUUGACAUAAUUAAGCUGACACCUCAAUUCGAAUACGAUGAUAUGGAUUGUGAAGAUUUGCAAAUUCAAUUCGAUGUUCAUUUGCACAAUGAAAACUUCAGAAAGUCUGAACCUAAGGUACCUGCAUUUCGUUUGGCUGUUUUAAAUAAAGAUCAACCUCACCCGAGUAGGUCGGUUAUAUCAAAGUGUUAUCAUAAUCAGUUACAUAAAGUGCCCGUAUUGGUUGUGUCAGUUAGUGAAUCAAAACAUAUUCAAGCCUUUUUGUAUUAUUUUACUUAACAUUAGGAUUCAAUAAAAAAUCAUUAUU